AUGCAGCAGCAGCAGCAGCUCCGGCAGCUCCUGCUGGACUGGGAAGCGGGUCCUCCUACUGCUCUUGCCCUGCUCGGUGGCUCGAUCGCAGCCCUGGCAGCCUGGAGGUGGCUAGGCGAGCAGCAGAUCCAGCGGAAAAUGGAAGAGGCUCGGAGGAGCCGGGAUCGGGGUGUGAAAAAGAUAGAGAAGGCUGUUCAGCAGUUCAGAGAGCAGGUCUCCCGUGUCCAGAGUGCUGACAUCUUGUCCCUGCCCCUGGUAGAGCUCGCCAGGAGACUGCGGGAAGGGUCUCUGUCCCCUGAGACAGUCCUCUACACCUACAUAGAGAAGGCCCUGGAAGUGACCCAGCAGACGAACUGCUUGCGACAUUUUAUCCCAGAGUGUGAGGAGCAACUCCAGGAAAUACGACGACGAAAGGAGAAAGGGCUGCUCUAUGGCAUUCCCGUCAGCAUCAAGGAUCACAUUGGCCACAAGGGACAUCUGUCGACCUGCGGGCUUGUGCAGUUCUUGAAUGCCCCAGUGCAAGAGGACAGCGUCCUAGUCCAAGUUCUGAAGAGACAGGGGGCCAUCCCAUUUGCACUUACCAACGUGCCACAGUCUCUCUUCAGCUACGACUGCAGCAAUGUCAUCUUCGGCCAGACGCUGAACCCUCUCAACCACAAGAAGAGCCCUGGAGGCUCCUCCGGUGGUGAGGGAGCUCUGAUUGCAGGGGGAGGCUCCAUCCUGGGCUUUGGAUCGGACAUUGGUGGCAGCAUCCGCCUGCCAUCCAGCUUCUGUGGGCUGUGUGGGCUCAAACCCACAAGCGAAAGGCUCAGCUUGUCUGGAGCAAGUGGCCCAAUCAACGGGAUCCUGUCAGUUCCCGGUGCACUGGGGCCGAUGGCGAGGGACGUGGACAGCCUGGCCCUGUGCAUGAAAGCGCUGCUCUGCAAGGAGAUGUUCCAGCUCGACCCCACGGUGCCCCCCAUCCCCUUCAAUGAGGAGGUGAGUCCUUAGUGACAGAGCCCUGGUCCUCUUGAGGGCGAUUUCACGUCAAAACGUGAAGAGGUUGCUGUUUAUUUCAUGUUCUUAGGGGUGAGUCACAAGAAGUCUGAGGUGGAAUUUCCCACUGUGGAAUUACAAAGGCAGUAACGAACACCAGGUCAU